AUGACGGUGACGUACACGGCCCGUGUGGCCAAUGCACGUUUCUGUGGCUUCUCCAAGCUACUGCUGGCCUGGAGGGGUAGCAUUUAUAAAGUCCUGUACAAAGAAGUGCUGGCCUUUUUCAUCAUGUACACCGGCAUCAGCAUUACAUACAGAUUUUUUCUUUUGGAUGAGCAGAAGAGGUACUUUGAGAAACUCUCCAUUUACUGCAACCACUAUGCCAGCCUCAUUCCAAUGUCUUUCGUUCUAGGGUUCUAUGUGACACUGAUAGUGAACCGCUGGUGGAGUCAGUACACAUCCAUCCCCCUGCCGGACAGCAUCAUGUGUGUGUUGUCGGGGGGCCUGCAGGGCGGAGAUGAGCGUGGCCGACUCCUCCGCCGCACACUCAUGCGCUAUGCCAGCUUGGCCUCCCUGCUCAUCCUGCGCUCUGUCAGCACUGCCGUCUUCAAACGCUUCCCCACCAUGGACCAUGUGGUGGAAGCAGGUUUUAUGACGCGGGAGGAAAGGAAGAAGUUUGAGAGUUUACAUUCUCCCUAUAAUAAAUACUGGAUCCCGUGUGUGUGGUUCACUAAUCUGGCCGCUGUGGCUCGAUCUGAGGGCAGAAUCAAAGAUGACAACACUUACAAACUGCUGCUGGAGGAACUCAAUGUGUUCAGAGGGAGGUGCAGCAUGCUGUUCCACUACGACAUGAUCAGUGUGCCUCUUGUCUACACACAGGUGGUGACACUGGCCGUCUACAGCUUCUUUCUCGUGUGUCUGAUUGGCCGGCAGUUUCUGGACCCCAGCCAGGGUUACCCAGGUCAUGACCUUGACCUCUAUGUGCCCAUCUUCACCCUGCUCCAAUUCUUCUUCUAUGCUGGCUGGCUGAAGGUGGCAGAACAACUCAUUAACCCAUUUGGAGAGGAUGAUGAUGACUUUGAGACCAACUGGCUCAUAGACAGGAACUUCCAGGCGUCUAUGAUGGCAGUAGAUGAGAUGUAUGGAGACCUGCCCAUGAUGGAGCGCGAUCGUUACUGGAAUGAUUCAAACCCCCGGCCGCCGUACACAGCCGCUACACUCUUCGUCCUGCGCAAACCCUCCUUUCAGGGCUCCACCUUUGACAUGGCAAUCCCCAAAGAGGAGAUGCACUUUCAGCCACUGGAGGAGAUUGCCGAGAAUCUGGAAGAAUCUGUAAACCGGAAUCGCAACCUUGCCCUUUUCAACCGCCUCUUAAGCUCCGCCCCCUCUCCUACUGGCUUUGUGGGCGGAGCCUUCCGCAGAACAUCUGCCCAGCUGCAGCGUUUGACACAUUCUGUCAGCCCUGAUCCCUCCUACUCAGACGGGGAGGAAGAGGCAGAGGGCUGUGUAGGGCGGAGUGGAGGUGCAGGUGGGUCACUGCCGUCUGGAUUGGGACAGGAUACCCAGAGCACCAUCUGCAGUUGUGGAGGAAUCAAUCCUGCUUUGCCUGUAAACAAGUUUAAUGAGGGAGUAAAUGAAGACGGACCAAAGAACUUGCAUAAGAAGACAGAGGGAGAUGAAACGGAGAAGAAGCAAUUGCCAGUGCCAAAGGUAACAGCACCUUUACCAAGAGAACCUUCGGGCCUCAACCAAGGAAGACCACUUGAGAGACUCAAAGCUGCCCGCUCAAGUGCUUUUAAUCUGGGUACGAUAAAGCCCCCAGCUCCCACCAACCGAUCCAUACCAGACUUCUUCUCCUUCCAGCCAAUUGGAGACCAGGCCAGGGUCCUGACCCCGACGACCAAUGGCAAAAUGCCGUCAGGUAUGUCGCUCUUGACAGUUCCGAGCUUUGAUAUUCCAUCAUUCCCUGAGGUAAGGGAUCCAAAAUCACCUCCUGAAGAACAUACACAGCGCCUACGGAGCAUCAGCGUGGGCUCAGAGGUCGUCAGCUCGUCUAACAAGGCAUGA